AGCCGGUUGCUAGAACUGCCUUACAAUGUCAAGGGCAUGGAUGUCGCAUUUUCUGGAAUAUUAUCUUUGAUCGAAAGUAAAGCUCCAAAAUUGCUAGCCGCUGGAGAAUAUACCGUGGAAGACCUAUGCUUUUCUUUGCAGGAAACCGUCUUUGCAAUGCUAGUGGAAAUUACUGAGAGAGCUAUGGCGCAUACAGGAAGUACAGAGCUGCUUAUUGUUGGUGGUGUUGGAUGCAAUAAGAGGCUUCAGGAAAUGGCCGAAUGCAUGUGUGCCGAGCGUGGAGCAUACCUUUUUUCUACCGAUGAACGUUUUUGUAUAGAUAAUGGUGCAAUGAUAGCGCAAGCAGGAUAUCUGAUGCAUAAAGCAGGACUGAGUUGUGAGCUUGAGAAAUCUACAAUAACGCAGCGGUACCGCACUGACCAAGUGAAUGUCUGCUGGAGAACAGAAUGA